AUGACGUCCGUAGCAGUGGCCGUUAACGGCGGCGAUGGAAACGGAAGCCGACGCGCCGUGAAAUGGGCGGUGAAGAAUCUCAUGCCCACUGCCGAUCGCUUCGUCUUGGUUCACGUCAUGCCCAGAAUCACUUCAAUUCCAACUCCAUCAGGAGAUCGCAUCCCGGUGGCGGAGCUGGACGAUGGCGUGGUGGCGACGUAUGUGAAGGACAUGAAGGACAAGUACGAGGAGGCUUUUACUCCGUUUAAGAAGCUAUGCAAGUCAAACAAGGUGGAGACAUUGGUAUUGGAGGAUGAGGCUCCUGCAAAUGGGAUUCUAAGCUUUAUAUCUCAGUCUGAUAUCAAUUGUUUGGUUUUGGGGUCUAGCAGUUCUAAUUACAUAACCAGGAAACUGAAGGGACCAGACGUACCGACAGUUGUUAUGAAAUGUGCUCCCGAGAGUUGUGAUAUUCAUGUCGUUUCAAAACAAAGAGUUAUCACAAAAUCAGCAAGUCCCUCAUCUGUUUGUGAGUCUAGUACUGCUAACGGGAUGUGUAAUGGAGGAGAAGAUAGGGGAGGUUCCGGAGAAGUUAAUGAGCGGAUAACUGGAAGUCGUUCUUCCUACCGAGAGUCCACAGUUUAUGAAGCUUAUGGAGCCCCGUCAAUGUCAGACCUUAGUUAUCUAAGUUCUGAAGCUUUUACACGUAUGGAAUUUCCAGCAAAUGCUAGUGUGGAUCAGGAAAGGAGUCAUCAGAACUUAGAAGAGAACCUUGAGUUUAAUUCUUUCUAUCGUGGAAGUUCCCCAAUUUCUUCAAACAUUGAGCGGAUUGAAGUGGAACAGUUGCGUGCUGAAUUGCAAAAUACUCUUGGCAUGUACAAACGAGCUUGUGAAGAGCUGGUACACGCCCAAAGCAAGGUCCAACUACUUUCUUCUGAAUGCCUUGAAGAAGCAAGGAGAGUGGAUGCUGCUCUUGAAAAUGAGGAAACUUUGAGAAAAAUUGCUGCUGAAGAGGCAGCAAAGCAUUUGAAGGCUAGGAAAGAGAUUGAGGAGGCAAAAGUUCAGCUCACUAAAGAGGCUUAUGAGAGGCAAGUUGCUGAAUUAAAUGCCCUGAAAGAGUCGACAGGGAAAAAGGAAUUUGUUGAUGCACUCUUCUCAAGUGACAGUAGGUACAGGAGAUACACUAGGAAGGAAAUAGAGAUAGCAACAAACUUCUUCUCAGAGACUAAUGUGAUUGGUGAAGGGGGGUAUGGGAAAGUUUACAAGUGCAGUCUUGAUCAAACCCCGGUAGCUGUGAAGGUUCUUCGUGCUGAUGCAGUCGAGAAAAAAGAGGAGUUUCUGAAAGAGGUUGAAAUUCUUAGUCAGCUACACCAUCCUAACAUAGUUUUGCUUCUUGGAGCAUGUCCAGAGAUCGGUUGCCUGGUCUAUGAAUACCUGGAAAAUGGGAGCUUGGAAGAUUAUAUCUCCCACCGGAGGAAUGGAAAACCAUCUCUUCCUUGGACUAUUAGGUUCAGGAUAAUUUUUGAAGUAGCAUGUGGGCUUGCAUUCUUACACAACUCAAAGACAGACCCUAUUGUGCAUCGAGAUCUAAAACCCGGUAAUAUCUUACUAGACAGAAACUACUUGAGCAAAAUUGGGGACGUUGGGCUGGCUAAACUCAUCACAGACAUUGUGCCUGACAACAUAACAGAGUACAGAGAAUCAAUUAUUGCUGGUACACUCUUUUACAUGGAUCCAGAGUAUCAGAGAACUGGCACAAUUAGACCCAAAUCAGAUUUGUUCGCUUUUGGGGUCAUUAUCCUCCAAGUAUUGACAGCACGGCAUCCAAAUAGGCUUAUAUACAUUGUGGAAAAUGCAAUUGCGAAUGGUUCUUUUGCUGACAUCUUGGAUAAGACGGUCUCAGAUUGGCCAGUAAAUGAAGCAGAGGAGUUGGCUCGACUAGCAUUAAUGUGUUCAAAGCUUAGAUGCAGGGAUAGACCGGAUCUUGAAACUGAAGUUCUGCCAGUUCUCAAAAGACUCGCCAAUAUUGCAGAUUCUAAUUCUAAGAUUGACAGAAACCAUACUGAUGCACCAAGCCACUACUAUUGUCCAAUACUUCAGGAAAUUAUGGAUGACCCACACAUUUCUGCCGAUGGCUUUACGUACGAGUACAGAGCAAUCAAAGCAUGGCUUGACAAACACAAUGUAUCCCCAGUGACAAGGCUUAGACUUCAACAUUCUGAGCUGACUCCUAACCAUACAUUGCGUUCAGCUAUACAGGAAUGGAGGUCACGCAUGAGUGAAUAGAUGAUUUUACUCAUCAGUUCUUGCAAGCUUUCCAAAGCAGAAACUACAUAUCAGGAUUCAAUUCGUAUUAUACUCUUAGCUUGGAUGCUCAUACGAAAAUGAGCAUUCAAAGUUCGGAUUCUCACAGAUCAAAAGAAGUAUAUAUUAGAAUCAGGGUUCAGCUUACAAACAAUUCUCAGAUGUAAUAUUGGAUAAACAAAAUUAGAGGAAGGAACUGUUCCACAGAACAAUGUUUACUCAUAAUGCAAUAUUGUAUUAUAACACAUUUUCA